GAUUACACACUACCGGAGAAGCACUGAGAUUUGAUGGAGCUUGAGAAAUACAGAGACAAGAUGAAUUAAGUAAAGAUGGAUAGUAAAUAGCGCAACAAAAUAUUUGCAUGUGUCACUCAUCUGGUCUAUUUGAUAGAGAGCUGUCCAAGUUUUAUUUCAUUUUAUUUAUCAUUUUUGUAAAGACGUUGAUGGAGAUAUUACAGUGCGUGGCAAACCGGAUAGAAGAGUUACAUUGAGAAAGGUCCGCAGGUCACAGACAAAACAUUUGUGUCUACAUCAGUUUUAAGGUCAGCCGCGUGACUGACCGAGGAACCAUCAAGUCUGUCAGCAGUGGUGAGACCGGCCAAUCAGGGGAGUAGAGAUGUUGAGGCAGGGCAGGCAUUUGGCCCUGGCUUUAAUGUCAUUCCAGCUUCUGCUGUGGCGCGAAUCUGUGACAAUCGAAGUGCCACAAGACCCAAAGAUUCUGGCGGACCUGAGACAGCCCCCUACUAUAACCAAGCAGUCGGUGAAGGACUACAUUGUUGACCCCAGAGAUAACAUCAUCAUCGAAUGUGAGGCCAAGGGCAACCCGGUGCCAACGUUCUCAUGGAGAAGGAAUGGGAAGUUUUUCAACAUUGUAAAAGAUCCGCGCGUAACAAUGCGAAAACGCUCGGGAACCCUGGAAAUCGGUUUUCGUAAUGGAGGAAGGCCCGAGGAUUAUGAAGGAGAAUACCAGUGUUUUGCCAGCAAUGAUCAUGGAAUGGCGAUGUCCAACAAAAUUCUACUUCGGGUCUCAAAGGCACCUCUGUGGCCUAAGGAGGUGCUGGAGCCAGUGGUGGUGACGGAGGGCUCCUCACUCGUCCUUCCCUGCAACCCACCUCCGGGCCUCCCUCCUCCAUUUACUUUCUGGAUGAACAGCAUGAUGAGCCCGAUUGUACAGGAUAAGCGAGUGUCAAAGGGUUUAAAUGGAGAUUUAUACUUUUCCAACGUCAUGGCCCAAGAUGCCCAGAAUGACUAUAGCUGCAGUGCUCGCUUCCACUUCACUCACACCAUCCAGCAGAAGAAUCCCUUCACUCUCAAAGUUCUUACCAAUGAUCCUUAUAAUGACACUUCUUACAAUGACAGUGACCCAUAUGGUGGCCGUAAAGUGGCUGAGUCGACGCCAACCUUCCUUUCACCGUUGGGAAGUGAGAGCUCCAAAAUGGUGCUGAGAGACGAGCAACUCCUACUGGAGUGCAUUGCUGCAGGACUACCCACACCGGCAAUCAAAUGGUUUAAGAAGGGUGGUGACCUGCCAGGUCGGAAAGUGAAGUUUGAGAAUUACAACAAGACCAUGAAGAUUAUCAGUGUGUCUGAGGAAGAUGCUGGGGAAUAUGUAUGCAUGGCCAACAAUCAUUUGGGUAGCAUACGCCACUCCAUCUUUGUUCAAGUCAAAGCGGCUCCUUACUGGCUGGACAAACCGACAAACCUGGUGCUAGCUCCAGAAGAUAAUGGGCGUCUGGUGUGUCGGGCGAAUGGCAACCCUAAACCGAGCAUCCAGUGGUUGGUUAAUGGCCAACCUAUAAACAAUUCUGUGCCUGAUCCUAGUCGACAAAUGAUGGGUGACACCAUCAUUUUCCGCUCAGUGCAAAUGGGAAGCAGUGCAGUUUACCAGUGCAAUGCCUCGAACCAGCAUGGUUAUCUGCUUGCAAAUGCCUUCGUCAGUGUCAUUGAUAUGCGUCCAAGAAUGCUUGGUCCGAAAAAUCAACUGAUUAAAGUCAUUGAGAACAACCGCACCUUUCUUGACUGUCCCUUCUUCGGUUCACCUUUUCCAGAGUUACGCUGGUUUAAGAAUGGACAGGGUAGUGGCCUGGAUGGCGGUCAGUACCGUGUUUAUGUGAACGGCACCCUCGAGAUCAAACGGGCCCGGGCUGAGGACGAGGGCACUUACACAUGUGUUGCCAGCAGCAUUUUGGGCAUGGCCGAAAACCAGGUCCGCCUUGAGGUCAAAGAGCCGAGCCGCAUAGUUCGUGCACCUGAACACCAGUCUGCCGUCAGAGGUUCCACAGCUCGUUUUGACUGUAAAGUGAAGUUUGACCCCAGCUUGCCUGUCACUGUGGCUUGGACAAAGGAUGACAAGCCCCUCUAUCUCGGCUGGAGGCUGAGGAAAGAUGAGGAAUCACUGACCAUCCCUAACAUCAACGAAGGGGAUGAGGGAACUUACACUUGUACUGUUAAAACAGAGAUUGACCAGGACUCAGCUUCGGCACGUCUCACUGUCUUAGAAGAAGCCUCCCUCAACCCCUCAGUUUCUAGUGCCUUGCCUCCAGACCGUCCAGACCCUCCCAUGGAUCUAGAGCUGUCAGAUCCUGCUGCCCGUAGUGUUCGCCUCACCUGGAUCCCUGGAAAUGACCACAGAAGCCCUGUUACAGAGUUUUUGGUCCAGUUUGAGGAAGACCGCUGGGAACCAGGUAGAUGGCAGGAUCUGGCCACCUAUCCUGGGGACCUCAACUCUGUCAUUCUACAGCUCGCUCCCUUUGUAAACUACCAGUUCAGAGUUGUGGCCAUUAAUGCAGUGGGCAGAAGUGAUGCGAGCCAACCCUCACCAAAAUACCAGACCAGUAGUGCUGCUCCUGAUGUCAUACCCAGAGGCCUCCGGGGCUGGGGCUCAGAGAAAGACAACAUGGAAAUCAUUUGGGAGCCCCUGCUUGAUCUUGAGAAAAAUGGGCCCAAUUUACACUACAGCGUUUGGUGGAGACGGAAAGACUUGGAUAAGGAGUGGAACAACGUGACCGUAAUGGGGACCAAACAUGUUGUCCACAACACAGACACCUAUGUGCCCUAUGAGAUCAAAAUCCAGGCAAGGAAUGAUGUUGGAGCAGGACCAGAGUCUAAUGCAAUCAUUGGAUACUCAGGAGAAGACCAACCCAUCAGUGCCCCUACUGAGCUGCGUAUUUCAAAGGUGGACAGUACCAAAGCAAACAUACACUGGAAGCCUGUGGAUCAGGUCUCAGUCCGUGGAGAAUUCAAGGAGUACAGACUGUACUACUGGCGUGAGUCCAGUCAUGUCCCUGGCCUGGUGUUCCGUAAGGAGAACAAGACUAAAGGUUUCUAUACAACCAUGGCUGAGCCAUCUGCAAUCCUUAGUGAUCUGGUGCCCUUUUCACGAUACAAGAUGUUCAUGGUUGUAGCCAACAAUCGAUAUGAGGGUCCACCAAGCAACACUGUUGAAUUCAGCACAAAGGAAGGAGUGCCCGACGCACCCAGUUUUUUCAGGAUCAAACCAAAAGGCUUCGACACAAUUCACCUGCAAUGGGACAAACCUCUAGAGCCAAAUGGCCUUCUGAUUGGAUAUCAGCUCAAAUACCAAACAGCCAAUGGAUCCAGGGAGGGUCGACCUCGUCUGGAGACUUUCCAGCCAAAUGUAACUGAGUUCACACUCCGUCUUCCUGAUCGAUCAACCCGCUAUAACUUCUACCUGUCAGCGCUCACCCAGGUGGGAGCAGGGGAGAUAUUUGUUGAGGAAUCCCCCUUCUUUGCUAAUGAAGAAAAUAUAACUGAUGCUACAGGUCUAGUUGAACUUACAGAUGCCUCUUUGGCUUCAUCUUUCACUAUUACACCUCCUCCUCUUGCUCCUCUUCCUCCCACUACUGCUGCUCCUACAACAAUUAGUACCUCAACUACUACUACUCCUACUACUACCACCACUAUAAUAAUGUCUACGACGAAUGCAACAACUACUGCUACUACCGCCGAUACAACUGAGGCAACCCCUGCCACACCGCCUCCUGUGCUGGUCAUCGACAGGAAUUCUGAUAACAAUGUGUUGGUGGUCCCCAGGCGAGAGAUCUGGAAUCUGACGGUGGAGCAUAACAGUAACUACGCUAACGUCAGCUGGAGACACAACUUCCCGGCCGGCAGCAGCGAGUUUGUGGUAGAGUUCACACUGGACAGCGACAAGACAUUGAAAACUGUACCAGUGACACAACCCCCAAUUACUCUGACGGAUUUGAUCGCGGGUGCCAAGUACCAUCUGAGGGUUUACUCCCAUGAACUCAGCAGCGUCACCAGCAAAUCUGUCACCUUUGAGACCAAAGCAGCCUACAUUGACCAGGUAGACAUCGCAACUCAGGGCUGGUUCAUCGGCUUGAUGUGCGCCAUCGCCCUCAUCAUACUGAUCCUUCUUAUUGUUUGCUUCAUCAAAAGGAGUCGUGGCGGCAAAUAUCCAGUCCGAGAUAAAAAAGAUCUUCCUUUGGACUCUGUUGAUCAUAAGGACCCAGAUGGAUCUUUUGAUUAUCAGAACCAAAACAAGAACAGCAGCGACGAGGACAACAAGCCUCUUCAAGGAAGCCAAACAUCUCUGGAAGGCAACGUGAAGGAGAGCGAUGACAGCUUGGUGGACUACGGCGAAGGCGGUGACGGCCAGUUUAAUGAAGAUGGCUCUUUCAUCGGCCAGUACACGGUGAAGAAGGACAAGGACGAGACAGAAGGCAACGAGAGCUCAGAGGCCACGUCGCCGGUCAAUGCCAUCUAUUCCCUGGCAUAGUGUUGCACAGCACAACUUUUCAGACGCACUUGCGCGGCCUGCUUUGGAGUGUUGUUGACGCGCACGCAACUGAAGACUGUAUAUGAAUAUAUGAAAGAACUGGGCCUGCACGGUGACUGAGGCUCUCAGCAGGUAAAGCAAAAUAAUACUGGAGAGGAAUUAAAGCUCAUGCCUUUAUUUGGAAAUGAAUCCCACGGAGAAGCAAUUUGGUCAAAUUCCUCAUUUUGCUUUAUUCUCAACCUGCCCUUUACCCACACGGACUUCAGUGUGCCUUCGGGGUAGCUUUCAGCAAUUUAGGCAUCGAAAAGCGCUCUUUAUACUUUGUCCUGCAUUUCAUCAAGACUUUCAGCUUUUCUCGUAGUAGACAACAUAUCGGCAUAUCAUCAUCAAACUCACCAGGAUGCUAGCAGAUAUGUUUAUCAUAUUGAUAUAUACACAAAGAAAGAUUUUAGUUUUUCCUCAGCUGGUAGAUGACUCGUUAAAUCGAAAUGAAUGCUGUACACGGUCUUGGCACACAAUUUAGUGGCCCGUACAUCUAUGCACUACCACCAUUUCAUUCCGUAUUGGUUAAAACACAUCUUUUUUUGUUUGUUUUUUAAACCACUGCAGGGUAUGUCACAUGCUUAUAAUCACAUUGCCUUUUACACUGUGGUAGAAAUGAUAUUCUUACCUCAAAUCCAAUGUUGUAGUGCAGAUGUCCAAUAUGGUAGCCAUCAAAAGCCAUAUCUGCUACUAGCAGCUUCGAAUAUGAAGGCAAUGUCUCGCAUUUGUACAAAAACAUCAUAUUCUGGAGCAUGGUAAUAUAAUUGGAAAGCAACAUAGUGGCGCUUUUGCGUGAGGAACACCAGUAAACAAGAUGAACUCUCUCGUAAGCAUGCUGACUGACGCUGUCACAUUUGUUCCGUGAAGUACUUAAGGCAUACAUGAUGAGGAUCUUUUCCCCAUGUUUUACUCACACUUUAGUUAACACUAGAGGUCGACCGAUAUGGGAUUUUCAAAUGCCAAUGUCGUUAACCGAUAUUUAAAAAAAAAUUCAGGUGAUUGCCGAUAUCCGAAGCCGAUUUUGUAAGCCGAUAUUUGAGGCCGAUAUAGUUUUUUUUUUCUUUAACUAGAACUUCCAAGGGUGGAUCAGUUGAUACAAUUCCCUUUUGUAUCCAGAGAAAUCAGCAUACCUUUUUUGAGCAAAGAGGUCCUCAAUAGUCAUUCCCAUUUACACUCGCAAAACCACAGAGUUGGAUUGCUCCAAUUAGCAUCUUGAGUGUUUGCAGGGCAGGGCUGCCUUGGCUUUGUUGGACAGUGGCCCGCUCAGGCAGGCAGGCAAUCGGGCGGACAACCUUUUUACAUAUUCCAAAAGCUGCAGUUUUCCUACAGUACAAGUGACGGUGUAAUACAAAAAAACCCCCAAAACAUUUCUUAUGUGGUGACAUGUGACACUUCGCCCUUUUCCCGGGGCUAGGUGUUGGAGGUUGUUUUUCUUUCUGCACCUACUUUGCACCCACGUGAGAGUGAGCCAAUUCCUUUGCAAGACCCACCAAGCAGUCCACCCGUCUGUCUUAUAUUCAAGAUGUUAAUUGCAGCUAUCCAGAGUGAAACCCCCUUCACACCUAGACAGCGACUCUACAGGAGUGUGUAGGAGGGGUUGUCUGCUGGAUUGCUUGUUGAGUUGUCUAUUGUUUGACAAAGCCAAGUGGUCAGUUUGGUAUUGGGGUCAUUUGACGCCUUUCUGGUCUUUCUUUAUAGCCCCCCCCCCCAAAAAAAAACAACAAAACCCGGUACUUCCUGUGAAAAAGCACAUAGAUUAUGAGUGGCAUUUUUUAAAAAAUUGCUUCAACGGCUUCACAUUGACAACAAUUAGACUUAAAGCAUUAAUUCGGUCUAGUGCUACCAAACCAAUGAACGCAUGACUUUCUUUUUAUGAUUAUACACACUCAGCAAGAACAGUACAUUAUUUUCCGAUGAUUAAACCCAUCGGGAUGUCACGACAAGAUGUAAACAAGUGAGAAUUUAAGAGGAUGCUCGCCAUGCUAAAGCUAAUGCUAACGUGAAUGCUAUGCUAACACUACGAACAGUGCUGCAAUGAUUAAUCGAUUAACUAUAGGGCUGCAACCAACGAUUAUUUUUUUGGCAUCACUGAGCCUGCGCCAUUUACCGUUUCUCUGCCUUCUUGAAAUGUUAACUGGCGUUCUCCCCCCACUUCCCAAUGUGAAAGCAACGCUCGAAACUAACAGAAAAUAGUGCUGACGUGACGUCCAACAAGUCCAUGUGCAACAGAGGAAAGCGGACCGCACAUAUACUGUAGUAUUAUGAAAUACCAGAUCUGCAUAGCAAUUAAUGUAACGAUCAACUAGUUGGAUUAAAUAGAUCUAAUAAAUAACAAAAUUAAAUGACAAAUAAUAUACUGUACUUACCAUCAAUGAUGAGAGAAAAAAUAAACGACUGGAGGAAAAACAAGAAGUCUAAAUCACGUAAUUUGGGUAUGUCGUAACCUGGGGACUACCUGUAUAUUUAGCAGUUUUUUUUUUUUUUUUUUUUUUUUUUUUUAAUGGGAAUAAUUGUUUUGACUAUUUGUUAAGAGCAUUGUAAAAAAAAAAAAAAGUUAGCAUUUUAUAGCAUUUAAGCUAGCGGACGUUUGCUAGUUUUAGCUUUAAGCUAAUUUUAUUCAUUCCUCUAGUGGCAACAGUGGAUAUGAUGUAACUCAUCUAACAUGGCUGGAUCCAACUGCUCCCUGUUAAGACCAACAUAAGUUUUUGUUUGCAUUAAUAUGAUUCUUUAUGCAUUCGUAAUUUAGUUCAAAGGUUUAUUUAGCAGUUUUUGUUGGAAUAUGUCUUUGAAAGAUUUGUUAAGAGUAUUUAAAAAAAAUAAAGUAAGCAUUUUAUAGCAUUUAAGUUAUCUUUCCUUUGCAAUGCAAGUUAGGCAAUUGUUCUUUUGUUCUACUUCCAUCCUCAUUUCUUAUUUUUUUAAGCUCUGGUAUUUCAAUUAUAAUAUACACUACCGUUCAAAAGUUUGAGGUCGGCUUUGACCCCAAACUUUUGAACCGUAGUGUAUCAUGGGAUUUUUCAUUAUGUACAAUCUGGUUUUCAAUCUGGUGUAUAUAUAAUUUAUUUAUUUUGUAUUCAAAUUUAAUGCUCUUUUAAAAGUUCAAUCUUACCAAGCCUUUGUUUUACAGCUCCUAAAAUUGAUUCUGCAACGCAUUAAAUGUUUCUAAUCCGAUUACUCGAUUAUUUGAGCGACUAAUUGAUAGUUUAAUCGAUUACUUCAAUAAUGCAGCCCUAGCUAUGUGUUAUAUUAAAAGUGUAAAGAUCACUUUAAAACUUUAAAACACCUUAAAAGGCUAAAGAAACAUUGCAUAUUCUCUCAUGUAAGAUACUAGAUCCUACAAUAUUUACAAAACAGGCAAGCCUGAAGCUUCCUGCGUUACCCACACAAAUGCCUUUUUUAUCGGCUUACUUUUGAUGUUGGAAAAAAGUACAUAUAUCGGUCGACCUCGAGUUAACACAUUUUACACCAACAUUGCAAAAUGUAUUUAACGUCAUAGUCUCACCAUCAUAAUGUGAUCAUGGAGUAAAUAGAUAAUAUAUAUUAUUAUAGCCUACUACUUUCUUAAAAGUAUUUUCUUAUUGGUGACAGCAGAAAAGCUCCCCAUUUCUUUUAGCUAAGAUGAGUAAUGGUGAAGUCAUAUCCGCAUGCAGUCUCAUCCUAGGGCUUCUUCAGCUUUUGCAUCAUUCAAGAUUUACGGUACGGCAUACUGCAAUAUUUAGGUAGAAGUAUCCUGGCCCAACCUUAAGAAGGCAUUUUGUUAAAUAGGCAAAGACAGAACAAUGCAGUCGUAAGCGUCAAACACAUAUCAAGGCAACUAGGAAUGCUUUUUAUUGUUUGCAAGCAAUUUCUAAACACAUAAAUAACGUGUAGCAAUGUGAGUGGUCUCUCUCAUCAAGACUCAAUGAAGGAGGAAUUUCAAAUCUCAUGUCUUUUCUCUAAUCUAUGUGUCAUUCUGUCCAAGUAGGCUUUUCAGCAAUCCUUUGGCACCUUUGCAUCGAAUGUCAAUCUAUACUCAAAUGUAGUCUUUUACACAAGUAUCAGCACCGUUCUGAUUGGGGUUUUUUAUACAUGCAAUCAAUUUGUAAACAGUUAUAGAAAGCUUUAGAUAUGCAUAUAAAUUGUAAAAACAUAUAGCAUGAAAAAAAUACAUUCAUUUGAGACAUAACCUGGAAAUUAAAAAGAAAAAAAAAAAAAAGAAUAUAUGCUGCGGUGCUCUUUUUUUAAGAAAAUCUGAAAUAAAUAACAAGCGUACGCACUGUACUUAUGCUUGGUUCCCACUGCUAAUUCUUGCUUUGUCAGGUCAGUAUUCUGACUAAGUGGUUGAGUUUGUACAUUAUUCUUUCAGCACAGUUGACCUUUCGCUAACUCCGCCUCCUAAACGGCCAUCGACCAAUCAUGCAUCCUAGAGACUGUUGUUAAGCGAGCAUGAUCCGACAAAUUCUCGGAUGUCCCAUUGCCUAAUUGAUUUGAUGGUUGUGAAAUCUCCAACUGCCAUCAAACUAAAACAAAAGGAUCAACAUUCUGUGGACGUCCAAAAUGGUGAUGGGGUGCGCCUAUGGAAUAUCUACCGUAAAUCAGACACGAGGUACCCUAGAAGUAUAUCAGUAUGAAUUCGGUUCUUUCCCUUCGAAAGUAAAAAAAAACAACAACAAAAAAAACCUAGUGGAUUCCAAUGGAUCGUCUCCAAAAUAAACAAGCAUACAAUGUGUUCUUAUUAGUUUUUCUCAAUUGCUUUGGUACGUUUCUCAUAUCAGAAUUGAAAUUCUCAAAACUACUUGUUCAAUUCUCACAACAUCUCGCACAAGAAGCAAAACAAGAUGCAUUACCUGCAAAAGCCUUUUUUUUGUGUGCAAAAUUCUUAGUCUAUCGCUCAAAAUUAAAUUUCUGUGUCAAUGAAUAUGUCAGUGCUGUCAGAAUGAAAAGUCCUUGUUUCACUGUGUACAGACAAGACAGUCAAAUUGUUUAGUCAUGCUCUCAAUUGAACAGUUACUCUGGUGGAAGGCUCUGAUGCUGAAGACAGUACAUAAAUUUUAAUGAAAAUUGCAAAUUCCGCCUUUGUGUGUGGGAGAUUAAUUGCAUGAGACUGGACAAGAUUCACUUUACACUUUCACUGUUUUUACAAUUUCUUGACAGACCAUUUCACUGUGAUACAGAAAGCAAAAGACAGCACUGAGUAUCACAAAAACAAAAGCAAGAUUAGAAAUGUGAACAUAAGACAAUUGGCACAUCUAAACUUUGAGUGCUACACAAUGGAUGGAUGUCUCUUCGUAUACACCGUGGAAAGAAUCUUCUUGAAUGCCUUAUUCAGCCUGUGCAGGCAUCUGCUGUGAUGUCACUGCAUGCUGCAUUUAUGGCAUCCAGAAGAGUCAUCUGAGUGUGAGGCUGGUGAUCAUACACCUGCCAUCUCCAUGUGCAGAAAAAUUCUUCCAUUAGAUUGAGGAAUGAGAAGUAUGGUAGGAGGAACUCCAUUAGCAUUCUGUUGUGGGUUGCAAACCAUUCCCCGAUUAUGUUGGAGUGGUGGAAACCCACAAAUUUUGGCAGGUUAAAAUAAGUAACGUAAAAUAAGUAAUGAAAAUGCUUAGAAAUAAGCACACAAAUGUUAACAUAUUCUGACAACAUGUUCAUGCAUUUGGCAUGUAAAGACUUAUGCAAUGAAAUAAUGACUAAAUCUUGUGGGUGAGACUAUCCAAUAGAGACCCAUGAUCAUCCAUUUUGACCAUCAUGGCAGAUACAACUGAUAAUGUAGGAAACAGCAGAGAAUUGUACAAAAUAAUUUGCAAGGAUGCACAAAAACAUCUACAACUUGCUCAAAGCAAUGAGAAACUGCUUUUUUGAUGUGCACUAGGGAUACGAUGUUGUGAGGAUUGAACAAGUAGUUUUGAGAAUUGCAAGUCUGAUCUGAGAAACGCACCAAAGCAAUUGAGAAAAACUGUAAGUAACCAUAGCAUCCCAAUACAGGUAGUCCCUGGGUUGCGAAUGAGUUCCGUUCCUAAACGGGCGACGUAACCCGAAUUUCCGCGUAAUUCGGAAUUAACCCUUUAAGUACCCCUAAAUCUCCUCUAAAUCUGAAAAUAACUAUCCAGAAACAUGGAUUAUACGUCAUAUUAAUAGCAUAAAAAAUAAGAUACUGUACUUACCAUCAAUGCUGGUGGAUGGUGAAAAAGGUUCACUGAGCAUGGCUUGUUCACAAUUGGAGACUCAAGAAUUCUUGUUUCAUUGAUGUUUACUGUAGCUUUACUUUAAAACCGACACACCGUAGAACACUUUGGCCUGCUAGUGAACAAACAUGUAAUACGGUGUGACUUAUCAAGCUUAUUUAGGGCUUGAUUUCAGCAACUUAGAUGAGGUUGAGCUGCUUAUGCUACACCGUUGCGUCCUGCAUCGGACUCUACUUCCUUAGUAGAAAACAGAAAGCCACCUGACUGGGUGUACGCUCAUAAAAUUUAUAAAUUUCAACAUUUUAAUUUAACUUAUAAGCAAAUUAUUAUUAACUAUAUAGUCCCAAAAAUUGUGCAAUGACAACAGGAGACAAAAAUAAUGAACGCAAAAAAAUAUAUAUAUAUAUGUAAUAAUAAGUUGCGCAUCAUGUAAAUUUACAAUUGACCUUAGUGAGACAACAGCACAUCUUAUUGGCGAAACAAAUAUUUGCAGGGAACCUUGACAGAUGUUACACUAAGAAAAAUACAGAGCUCAAACACAGGCUCUACACCGUUACUCGACAAAAAUAAAUAAAUAAAAGACUGGAGACAAAAUGGCGGAUGAGACGUCAUAAAGUAGAAAUUACGUAAAUUGAGUACGUCGUAACCCGGGGACUACCUGUAAUCACCUUGCACUUAUUCCGUUUCCAUUUUUCAUGUAACAUUUUGUGAACGGACACUUUAGUAUCCCAAAACUUUGCUUUUCUGUAAUUGUUGAACCUGUAUGCUUUUGCCUCGAUAUCUUGUUACAUUUUUUUUAAUACAGUGAUACCGCUACUUACGAAAUUAAUUGUUUCUGGAAGUAGUUUCUUAACUUGAAAAGUCUGUAAGUAGAGACCUGCUUCCCAUAUAAAUGCCCUAAUCCAUUCCAAGAUGCCCAAAAUUCAGACUUAAAUCUUUAAUAAUUCAUAAAAUGCAUCAAAAGAUGUAACAAAUACAUAUUACAAUUAGAUUAUUGCACAAUAAACAUAAAAUCGGAGUUGUGCAUAAUGUUAAAAAAAAAAGCAGAAUAGAGUAAAGAAUAAAAGUCAAUACUAGCAUGUAAAGCUGUCGGAACACAAGGGGCGAAUGAAGAGGACGCUGGGAUACACACAUACACUUAAGCCCCUUUUACACACUACAAAACACCGGGAAUAUCGCUGGAUUUAACCGUGCAGCAGUUGUAUGUGAAAACAAUUUCCCAGGUCGACUGACAUGGAGAUUACGCAGAAAUUUCACGGGUCGCGUCUUAGUAUAAUGUCCGGGACUUUCCCGGUAAGCCGCGUGCAGGAAAGCAGGCGUUAAAUUCCCGGGUCACAGCACAUGGGCUGAUGACCUAAAUAACAUGGCGGGCCGAUCGUCACUUCCUCUCUCUUCGCAGUGAGACGAAAAGUGGUAAACAAACAUCAACAUAGCAAGCUGGAAAUAGCUAAAUUAAACUGAAAACAUAACGAAAUUAGAUUGCUACAGGAUCAUAGAGCCGAGGAAGGGAGUCCAUCGUCCAUCUUCGGUAAUGUGUGAUUUAUUUUGUUGCCAAUGUUACGGUCUGCUACUGCAGAAACAAGGUUGUACUUCAAAACAAAAAACAACGUAGGGAUGAGUGCGAUCGCAAAAAAGGGGUAAUAACACAAUGAGUCCGUGACAGUAGAGCUGAGAGUCCAUCUUUGGAAAUGUGUGGUUUAUUUUGUUGCUGAUGUUAGGGUCCUCUACCACGGAAACAAGGUUGUACUUUAAAGCAAAAAAAAAAAACAACGGAGGGACGCGUUUAAGGGUUAAUUAAACGCAAUCAAAUAUACGCGUGAUCGUGGAAAAGGCGGUAUAACACAAUGGGUCCGUGACAGUAGGUUGACUGGGAUCAAUAAUACCAACCUAAGCAGUAGGCAGAGAGCCGAUAAGACUACAAAACAAAUACAGUACGCUCAAAUACUAGCACAAAAUAUGGGAUUUCAAAACAAGGGCGACAGAGGUGUCGAAUGGCGCCAAGCAAGUAAUAUCUGUAUUUGUGUGAAAAGGGCUAUAAACUAGAAGUUCCUCUUAGCCAAUUGGAUGCCAGGAAAGUAAUAUAUGCAAAAAAAUAGGCAAUAGCCAAUGACAGAGUAGCUAUAAGUAUGUUACGUUCACUAAAGUCUGGGAGCUUCUCGUACCAGCCAUACUGUACUACUGUACAUACAGACUGUAUUUUUGCCAUUUGCCUGAAAUUUCUUUCUUAACAAGUGGCAAUAUUUUCCCCUUGAGGCGUGACCUGAAAAUUCAGUUUGUAGAGACGUUCGUAAGUAGAGGUACCACUGUAUUUUCACCAUAACGUUCUGCUGCAUAUUGUAAACCCUUUUGCCUCAAUCUGGAGGAUGCUGCACUGGUAUUGCUCCAAACUAAAUCACUUCAAAUACUCCGGUAUAUGUCUGCCCACAAUGCCUGUGCCAUUGCAGUCACGAAGCUUGUCGGCUUAGCAACCGUGACUAAGGGAGGGCGGAGCUUUUGCGAAAGGUCAGUUACAUUUGUUGCUCGAGAGAACUGCUAAAUCCAAUAUAUUUACAUAAAUUUGAGUCCAGUUAGCAGCUGGAGCUCACAUUUUAUUCAAUGUAUUUAUUUUAAUCUAUUUAAUGAUUUAUGUCGAUACUAUGAAUUAACAUUUAUUAAUAAUAAUUUAUAUAAUCGUUGUUAGUUAAACAUUUUUGGACCAAUGUGUUGUUUCAUGUGAGAAAUAGCCAAAAUGCUUCCAGAAUCAGUUAUUGUUCAUUAUGACACAUUAAUGUCGGUACGUAAGUGUGACAUGUUCAAUAUAUUUUUCUAGUAGUUGGCUUUUCUGAAACAACUAAUGAAUUGUGUUAUCGGACAUGCGAAAUGGUCAUGUUUGUCUACACAUUGUGCUGCUCUUGUACCCAUGUUGUAUUACUGUUGCUAUUGUUAUUCAGAUUUGUUUACCCACACACACAAAAAAUAUUGCUGUUUACUAUUUAUUUGGCAUAUAUAUAUACAUUUUGAUGCAGAAAAAGCAGUCUUUUUGUAAAUAUUAAAAUGUUUUUCCAACUUAAUCCAACAAACAAAUUUUUACCAGCAAAGAAAAUGUCAGACACCCUUAUUAUGUAGCUUUGAGUCACAUUUGCACUUCGGAACAAAAAUAACGGCCCACUUAAAUGUUACCUGUUUUUUUGACAUUGUAAUGUACUGUUGAAAAUAUAUCCGUUUCUUCUCUUCAGUGAUGGUUUUAAGUCGGUAUUGUGAAAAAUGACUAUUGUACUUCAAUUCUGUAUAAUGUAAAUAAGGCCAACAUUACUAAUAGUGCUGCAUUUGUUGCACACUUUGAUCUUAUUUAAUUCUGUAAAAAUUGACAUUUGGCAAAAUAAAUUCCUUUUCAGUUAUACUUUUUUUUCUCAUUGAAACUGUUAAGUCGCCCUUUUCUAACUGUAGAGCCUAAAAUUACUACAAUUAUAACCUUUAGGAUUUCAGUUAGGCACAUGGAAAUGAGAAGAAAAAAGAGGGUCCAACAUUUUUAAAUUUGUCCGAAGACUUCAUAAUGUAUUGACAAGGCACGGGGCGCGGGGCCAAUAAAUAGGGGGCCUGCAUUGUUGACGAGGUCAUCAAAGCUGACCAAGUGGAAUCACAGAGUUUUUUGUUGAAAAUUCUUGUGAAUAAAUGCUUAAAUCCCCGAAUUCUUUAUAGAUAUGGACGUAAAACAGUCUCGAUUCUUGGUUAAAAAAAAAAACAAAAAAACAUGCAGUUAGCAUUUAUUUUACGUAAAUAUGUCGAAGUACAAUGCUAGUCUGUUAGUGAACGUAGCUAGCAGCCGCCUGAUGUAAACAGAGCUUUUCCGGUGAAAAUUAUUGUGAAUAAAUGCUUAAAUCCCCAAAUUCUUUAUAGAUAUGGACAUAAAACCGUUUCGAUGCUUGGUUAAAAGCAAAAAAAAAAAAAAAAAAAAAAAAAAAAAAAAAACAUGCAGUUAGCGUUUACUUUACGUAAAUAUGUUGAAGUACAAUGCUAGUCUGUUAGUGAAUGUAGCUAGCAGCCACCUGAUGAGCUUUUCCAGUGAAAAUUCUUGUGAAUGAAUGCUUGAAUCCCAAAAUUCUUUAUAGAUAUGGACGAUUCUUGGUUAAAAGCAAAAAAAAAAAAAAAAAAAACCACAAAAAACAUGCAGUUAGCAUUUAUUUUACGUAACAAUUGCAAACUAUGAUGCGAAUGCAGUACCGGCUAAUUUCUCCCAUUGAUUUUUUUCACAACGUUUUAAAAUUGCAUUUUAAAACAUGGUACAAAAAAAUAAUAAUAUAAUUACCUUGAAUCCUCGAACGAAUCACUCCUGAGACAGUACUUUUUGUUUGUAUGCGGUAGAGAUUUCAUACUUUUUCAAUAGAAAUCCGGCGUUAGAUCGCUGUGUGCAUGUUUGUGAAAAGCUCCUCUUGAUGUGGGCAGCCCCCUACUUGAAUGUGAGGCGCAGUGCAUGACCGAUCUGAACUGUCAAUACAUUAUGAAGUCUAUGAUUUGUCAAAGUUAUAGUAUUUUAAAACCAGAUGCCAAAUGGAUUCCAGCAACAGGCAACCGUAAUUCUGGCCUCAGGUUUUGUUUAUCAAACUAAAGUCCAAACUGUACUUCAGCAGCUUAUUAAUGCCAACUCUAGAAAGCUCAUAGAAAGCAUAUUCUGUAAACUAAUGGACAAACGAGAGAGAUUACCAUAUAUAUUUACUGUUCCUUGUUCUUUCGUUGUGCACAUUUUCUCAUAGGAAACAAUAGUCCGGUGUGUCUUUUCACUGUCUCCUCCUGACCCUUCAUGAAAGGAAAAAAAUGUCAAUGUGCUGUUGUACACUGUGCUUUACUUCAUUUCUAAAUGCUGCGAAGAAUAGAACAUUUGCAACUUGUUUAUUAUGCUCUUUGGCUUUUAUACAAUUAAUGAUCAUAUGGACAUCUUUUUUAUUAUGUUUAUCAGAGCAGUGCGUCCGAAUCUUGUUUUGACACCCAAUUAAGAGCUUUUGUAAGAAACAUGUAAUCAGUAAUAAUAAAAAAAUGUCAAACAUGUAUUCACCAUCUACGUGUAUGAUGCAAUGUUGCAACUUCUGCUAGCGAAGCCCACUUUAUAGUAAAGCUAUAUUCUUUUCUCUACCUUUUGCCUGCUGGUCUUUUGUCAAAUGAAUUUGUAUUGUUAUAGCAGCAAUUUCAAAGACUUUGGAAGGAAAGACUGCUUUGUAAAAGCAUUAACAGCACUAUAUCCAUAUACUAAAUAAUAACCAGUAAACAGAAGUGGGUGGUAACGCGUUACAUGUACUCAGUUACAUUUACUUGAGUAACUUUUUGAGAAAAAUGUACUUCUAAAAGUAGUUUUACUAACUUACUUUUUACUUUUACCUGAAUAGAUUUGUGAAGAAAAAAAAAAACUCGUUACUCUUACUCCGCUACUUUGGGCUACACAAGUGGUUCAAUUUUUCCUCUUUAUUCUACAUAUAAGAUUUUUUUUUUUUUUUGCCAGCGAUUCCAAAAAAUGAGACGUGCCUGGUGUAUUACAGGGGUAGCUCUACCGAUUUCACCAAUGACACGUCGCAACAAUAAUCACAUGAAUCCAUUAUACCAAACAAAUGGAAGCUUGCCAUUCCUUCUUCAUGCCAGUCUAUUCAAUCAUGUGGCGUUUUUAAAGCACCGGAAAAAAAUGAAGUAUUUGAUAUAGAGCGCUGCCCUCAACAUGACUCGAAAGCGUUGAUCUUAACCUCUCUCCCAGUUUUUGUUUGACAGCAAUUUACCACGGAAAACCGGAGAUAUGAUCCUUUUCAUUUCAAAAUAGUAAAAUUGAGGGAACUCUUCACUAUUUAAACUCGGAAAUUUUCUCCACCAGAGGGCAGUCAUGCUCUUUGGACAAAUAAUGCUUCAUUUACCGCAUUUUUCGGACUAUAAGUCGCAGUUUUUUUUUUUAUAGUUUGGCAGAGGGUGCGUCUUAUACUCUGGAGCGACUUAUGUGUGAAUAUUUAUGGUCGGGCUGACUUCUCUCUCGCUAACAUUUUUAAAAUGAAUAUAUAUUCAUAUAUUUAUACUAAAACUAGGUAUGGAUGUUAAAUAAAAUAAAUAAUUUGGAUAAAACAGAGAAGGCGCUGUGCAUGCCUGCGCACGUGAACGCAUGACAGUGGCCUCGCUCUCUUUUCAAUCUUCCCCUCCUGCGCGCAUCCUGGUUUUUCCUUUCGGAUAUUGAGCAGCUAUAGGAGUGAAAAACAAACUAAAGACAGGAGAACGUGCCUACAAAUAAAACAAAAAUUUCAGGUUUUUUAGGGCUCGGGCAAGCAAAUCAAGGUAAUUGAUUGGGGUCGGGCCGCGUCGGGCUUUAAUACCUGCGGGCCUGUCGGGUUGGGCUGGAUUUUUUAGGCCCGAUCUAACUUCUA